AUGUCUGGACCGCCAUCACGCAUUCGGUCCAUCCUAGGCCAUUUGCUUCCUCAACCUCAACCUCCGCCUCACAUUCACCACCUCUCGCCGACCUUUUUCCUGGAGCGCGCCGCUCUCGUCGAGCCCAAUGCCGAUGCAAUACUUCACAUAACCACCAAUGGUGUCGCUGUGCGCCGAUCCUACCAAACCUUUGCCGACCGAGCUCGAGGCUUGGCCUACUACCUCAAGAAGCACAAGCUGACUCGCAUUGGAAUUCUGGCUCCCAACACACCCGCUUUCCUCGAGUCGAUAUAUGGUAUUGUCGCAGGCGGCGGCGUUGUCGUCCCUGCCAACUACCGACUGAAGGAAGAUGAUAUUGCGUACAUCUUUGAGUAUGCCGAGGUGGACUGUAUUAUUGUCGACAAGGAGUUUGAGACCUUGCUUGGCGCAUUCACCAAAAGACACCCCAAGGUGCCAUUGAUUGUCGAUUUGGAUACGGAUGCCACCGAAGGCCCCUCGUGCGGCCAGUUCAAUGAAGCUAUUCUCGAAGGUCUCGCCUACGACAAAGAGCAGGGCGGCCAUGCCUGGGCUGGCUUACAGUCCAAGGCAAACAACGAAGAUGAUAUGCUCGCUAUUCCUUUCACAUCUGGUACAACGUCACGGCCAAAAGGUGUCGUUUACACUCAUCGAGGCGCAUACCUCGCCGCCAUGGGAAAUAUUAUUGAGUCUGGUCUCAACCAAGGACGAUGCCGCUACUUGUGGACACUACCCAUGUUUCACGCUAUGGGUUGGACCUUUCCGUGGUCCGUUGUUGCUGUGCGUGGAUUGAACGUCUGCCUCCGAAAGAUUGACUACCCCCUCAUCUGGAAACUUUUGAAAGAAGAGGGAAUCACGCACUUCAAUGCAGCUCCCACCGUCAACACCCUCCUCGUUGCCGCCAAGGAGGCCACAAAACUCCCCAAUCCAGUUCAAGUGACUGUUGCUGCCAGUCCUCCAUCCGGCCAUCUCUUUGAGCAAAUGACCAAUCUCAAUCUCAUGCCAGUCCAUGUAUACGGAAUGACGGAAACCUACGGACCCAUCACAAAAUGCUACCACCUCCCUGAAUGGGACAAUCUCCCCCCUCAACAAAAGUACGCCAAGAUGGCUCGACAGGGCCACGGAUUCGUCACCAGUCUACCCAUCCGUAUUGUGAAACCCGAUCAACCAGACGGCGUCCUCAUCGACGUGGCCAAGAACGGCCAAGAGAUCGGAGAAAUCGUCUUCUUCGGAAAUAUCUGCGCCAAGGAAUACUACAAGGACGCGGAAGCAUCCCGAAAGCUCUUUGCAGGCGGCGCCCUGCACUCAGGUGAUCUGGCCGUAUGGCAUCCCGACGGCAGCGCACAGAUCCUCGAUCGUGCCAAGGAUAUCAUCAUUUCAGGCGGCGAGAACAUUUCGUCCGUCGCACUGGAGAGUAUGCUCGUGCAGCAUCCGGAUAUUCUGGAAGCUGGUGUUGUGGCCGUGCCCGAUGAUCAUUGGGGUGAGACGCCGAAGGCGUAUGUUACGGUCAAGGAGGGAAAGACUGUUCGAGGGGAGGAUGUCAUUUCUUGGGCGAAGCACCAGAGCAAUAUUAGCAAGUUUAUGGUACCGAAGGAGGUGGAGGUUGUGAAGGAGUUGCCCAAGACGAGCACGGGCAAGAUCAAGAAGAAUGAUCUACGAGACUGGGCUAAGAAGGGCAGCAAGUCAUGA